UUGUUUGUUUGUUUUGUUUUGGAUGGAUGUGGAUUGUUGUGAAUCGUCAGUUUAUGUGACUGUUGGGGGCUCCACAGAAUGUCUGGAUUCAGUGUGGAUGAGCAGAGAGAGCCGCACACCACAGUCACUGCUGGACUCUAAACUCUCUGAAGAGAAAUCCAGACACACACAGGACUCAGAGCUCAGUCUGACUUUACUCUGUUAUACUGAGUCAAAGCCCACAGACUCUCAGGACACUACAGUGUGUGACAGUAAACAGAGCUUACAGGAUGAGCAAACCACCACAGAGUCUCUGGAUUCUGUCUGUAACGCUGGAGAACAGCAGCAGAUCCCGAAGAUGUGUUCAGUUAAACUCAUCGACUGCAGGAACCCGAUGAUGAAGAUUAAAACUGAACCCACAGAAAUAAAAACUGAACCCACAGAAACAAAAAUCGAACCCACAGAAGAGGAAGGUGAUGCUUUUAUUUCGUCAGAUGUAAAGAGUGAAUCAUGUUUGGAUGAAGAAAUGACGUCCUCAACAUCAAAAGAGCGACUGACAGCACAAACUCUUUCAUGCAUUACCUGUGGAAAGACAUUCAGCUCACAAAUGCAUUUAGAGAGACAUGCGAGAAAACACACAGAACAGAACCUCUUCACCUGCACCAGAUCUGAGAUCAGCAUUACUACAAUACAAGAGAAGAAACUUCAUUCAGAAGAACACAGAGAGAAGAAGCAGCAGUUUCUCUGUGAGCAUUGUGGGAAGAUUUGUGGCUCUUCCUUUAAUCUAAAAGUUCACUUGAGGACACAUACUGGUGAAAAGCCUUUCUGCUGCGCUGAAUGUGGAAAAUACUUCAGCACCAAAGAAAAUCUUAAUACUCAUAAGAGAAUUCACACAGGAGAAAAACCAUACGCGUGUCCUCACUGUGAGAAGAGAUUUAGCCAUAACCAAUGUCUUAAGACACACAUGUUUAUACACACCAAUGAGAGACCGUAUCAGUGCAGAAAAUGUGACAAAGCCUUUAGGGAUUCAGGUUCAUUAAAAUCACACCAGAAUAUUCACUCUAAAGAGAAACUCUAUCAAUGUUCACACUGUGAUGCACAUUUCUAUCAUGAAUAUCAGCUGAUAGCCCAUGAGAAAGUUCAUACUGAAGAAACAUCUCAUGACUGUAGUGUUUGUGGGAAGAGUUUUAAUCAUUAUGAACAUUUAGUGGCACACCAGAUAAUUCAUAAAGGGGAAAAACCUUACAAAUGCUUUCAGUGCGACAAGACGUUUACUCAUUUAGGUAACUUAAAAGCCCAUCAGAGAAUUCAUACUGGAGAGAAACCUUAUCAAUGUAGUGUUUGUGGAAAGUGUUUUAGUCAGCAGUCAAACUUUCUAAAGCACCAGAGACUUCAUACAGGUGAGAAACCAUUCAAAUGCUCUGAGUGUGAUAGGACGUUUGCUCAGUCAUAUUACUUAAAAGUCCAUCAGAGAGUUCAUACUGGAGAGAAACCUUAUCACUGUAGUGUCUGUGGAAAGAGUUUUAGUCAACCAUCAAACUUUAUAAAGCACCAGAGAACUCAUACAAGUGAAACGCCCUUUGAAUCAUUUGCUCAUUUGGGUUAAUUCAUACUGGAGAGCAACCGUACAUCUGCAUUCCAGGAUUUUUCUCUACAUAGUGGACUUUAUUGGACCUCGCAGAUUCAAAGGGCUCUAAACGAUCCCAAUUACAUAAAUGUACAUUAUGUGUGUAGUCUUGUGUGUAGUCUUGUACUUUAUUUGCUUAUCUAAUCAAACUAACAAAAGAUGUAUUGCAGUAACGAUAAAAAAAGAAUUGAUUUCAAAUUUUGAUUCGUUGAAUGUUAUGUAGCCGACAGCUGCAUAUAGUUCAGUUUCUCUCAUUAUUAACUUAAAAUAUGGAUAAAUUAUGGAUAAACGUAACCACCUGAAUAUAAACCAAUGCAAAUCUAUGAUAAUAAUCAUGACAUAAAACAUUGUGUUAGUUCUGUGUUUUUUUGUGUAACCGUUUGAGGUACCAAUAAUAAUAGUGUCCUGUCAGCCUUGACGAAAAACUUAGCUUCCACUGUUGUUUCUCUGCUAAUGCAGCAUCUAUUUUACAAAUUAAUUACUUUAUAAUGAUAUGAAGCAACAU